UUUAUUACUCAAAGAGAUAUAUGUACAAAAAACCCUGUGAUGUUAUAUUUCACUCUUAGUUUAAAGGAAAUACCACUGCUUACUUUAUACUAUGAAUUUGUAAGGUUAUAUGGGAGAACAAGGAAGACCUUGAAAAUGGGUUACCUCAUUUGAUCUAUAUAUCUAGAGAGAAGAGGCCAAAACAUUCUCAUCAUUUCAAAGCUGGUGCCAUGAAUGUAUUGACAAGAGUCUCUGGGUUGUUAACCAAUGCUCCCUUUAUGCUGAACGUGGACUGUGACAUGAUCGUAAAUAAUCCAAAGAUUGUUCAUCAUGCAUUGUGCAUUUUACUCGAUCCCAAAGGACAAAAAGAAGUUGCAUUUGCUCAAUGUCCCCAACAAUUCUACGCUACACUGAAGGACGAUCCUUUUGGAAACCAGAUGGCAAUUUUGAUGAAGUACAUGGCAGCAGGAUUAGCUGGGCUGCAAGGGCCUUUCUACGGGGGAACAAACUGCUUCCAUAGAAGAAAAGUUAUUUAUGGUCUUUCUCCAGAUUACGUUGACAAGGGAAACAGCAUAUCAGAGAAGGAAUUGAAACAAAAGUUUGGAGCUUCAAAAGAGUUUAUGAAGUCAGCUGCUUGUGCAUUGGAAGGAAGGACAGAUUCACCAAAUGCUGUUAAUAUUGCAAAGGUUAUUGAGUCAGCAAGCCAAGUUGCUGGUUGUGGAUAUGAAUAUGGCACAGGAUGGGGCAAACAGGUGGGUUGGAUAUAUGGAUCAGUAACAGAGGACGUGCUUACUGGACUGACAAUCCAUGAAAGAGGUUGGAGAUCAGAAUUUUGUACACCAAACCCAAUUGCCUUCACGGGCUUUGCUCCAGGAGGUGGCCCAACUGCAAUGGUCCAACAGAAGAGAUGGGCCACAGGGUUUCUGGAGAUCUUUGUAAGCAAACACUGUCCUAUUUUUGGCACCCUUUUUCAUAAGCUUACUUUGAGGCAGUGCAUAGCAUAUAUGUGGAUUCUCAACUGGGGGCUGCGAACAGUGUUUGAAGUAUGCUAUGCAUGUCUUCUUGCGCACUGCAUCAUCACCAACUCCAAUUUAUUGCCACAGGUAAACAAACCAAACAACAACAUCAACAUUUAAACGAAACACAAAUCC